AAAAGAACAUGAGUCGAUGUGAGGAUGACAGAGAAAGAGCUGGAAACAAACAUCAGUGAAGAAUGAAGGCUUUAGUAUGUAUACUGCUGCUGUUGGAAACCUUUGUGUUUGUCGUCCAGCAGCAGGUAGAUGGAGGACUCAAUGAGAAUGAGAUCAGUCAACAGAUCAGCUCUGAGGACGGAAGACAGAAUCCACCUAAAACAGACACUUUGAGAGCUGAAGCUUCAACUGACAGACAACAAUACUGUGAUCUGGGCAUCCCUGACAUCCAUGCAGCACUGAGAGAACUGACCGCCACCGUUACAGAGCAGAAAGAAAACAUCAGAGAACUGACCACCACCGUUACAGAGCAGAAAGGAAACAUCAGAGAACUGACCGCCACCGUUACAGAGCAGAAAGAAAACAUCAGAGCUUUAGAGACGCAACUGAGGGAACAACAGAUGUUUAUCCUGGAAGAGAUGAACAAGAAAGAUGAAGAAAUUUCAAAUCUUACUCUGAGUCAAGUGGAGUUGAGAAAGGAAAAUAGAGACAGAGAAAUAGCUUUUUCAGCUUCACUUAUGGAAUCUGGCAGUGGAUAUAUUGGUCCUUUUACCACUGAAAUCACACUAACCUACAGGAACGUCUUCACAAACAUAGGGAACGCCUACAACCCAAUUACAGGUAUUUUCACAGCCCCACUGAAAGGAGCGUACAUGUUCAGAGUCUCUGUAUAUGGUCAUGCCGGAACUGCAGCAAGUGUAUACAUUAUUAAGAAUGGAGAGAAGGUUGUUUCAGCACAUGAUCAUCAGGCUCAGAAUCCGGAUGCAUUAAACUCCUCAAAUGGAGUUGUGUUGAUCCUGGAGGUCGGAGAUGUUGUAUAUGUGAGACUUUGGUCUGGCAGGAGGAUAUAUGAAAACCAGAAUAUACACAACACUUUCAGUGGUUUCCUAUUGUUCCCCUUAAGAGAACAGGAGCUUUGCAGAAUGUGAUUCCAAUAAUUCUGAAUCUUCUAUGUAAAAUCAGUAAACCUGAAAUGUUAAAUAAUACCUUUUUAAGUGUAUCUUGUCGCUGAUCCUUGAUCUGUAUCUCUUUAUCCUACAUACAUAAGAGAAAAAAAAGACAUUGUGGCAUUUUCUUUUACUCACAUUUUCAUAAAUAUUCCCCGAACAAUGCUUGCUUUGAAGCCCUCAUGAUAUCAUAUUUUUCAGUCCCACCUG